AUGGCAGACACCAACGCCCGAAGCAGACCAGAUGACGACUGGAGUGAAGCUGGAGAGAAACUGUUGUCGACAAUCGAAGCUUUUGUUCGCGAGACACCCAUGACAGCAAGCAAUGAUAUCGCAGAACUUCUCGUCUCAAAGGUUACGAGCGGCACAGGCCUCCUCAAGUCGAAAGGACUCAAAGUCAAGACGAUAAAGGCCAAGCGUAAACGGAGAGAAGGUGACGAAGACGACUAUGACAAUACCGACGACACGGACGGCUCAUAUUCGCCGGAUACGGACAGCGAGGAGCCUGAUACCGACGAAGAGGUCCAAAAAGACCACGUCUUUGGCGCCCAAGACAAGAGCAAGAUCCUCGAGUUCCUAGGCAGCUUGACGCCCCUCAUUGCCGCCAAAUACGGAGACCCCGUUUCGAUUGCCGCACUUUCCAAGGAGAUAGAGACGUCAAUUAUCAGUCCCGGCUCACACCUCUUCAAACACCAGACAGUAGCUACUCAUGCCAUGUCGGAAGCUAGGAAAACGCUUUUCAAGGGCCUGAUUCUCGCAGAUCCGCCUGGUCUGGGAAAGACUCUGCCAACUUUAAUGGCGAUUGCAAUGAGUGAGCGCGUUGGCCGUGGGCCGUGUGUUAUCAUAGCGCCAAACUCCUGCUGCCUGCAAUGGAUCAACGAAGCAAAGAAGUUCCUCGCCAAGCCACUGAAAGUCCUUCUCCUCCUCGACGACGACGUCAACCCCGUCGAACUCUUCAAAUACGACCUGGUUGUCACUUCAUACAACAAAGUUUCUGCCGAAUUCAGACGCCUAAACAACUACCGAAGCCGCCUAAAGACGUUUCGUGCCAAAGACAACCUCCCGCUCCCAAAGAGACCUGUUGUCACUCUUCUGUCUGGAUUCUUCAAUCCUCGUGACAAGCGGUUUGGAGAGUUUCUUGUCUUGGACGAGGCACACUACAUCAAGAACCCGCGCACUUCGGUCCAUCAGGCUGUCGCUGAGUUGAGAGAGUCGUUCGAUACGUGUCUGUUGCUCUCCGGAACCCCUUUUGACAACACUUGGCGCGACGGAUAUGCCCUCCUACGUUUCCUCAAGGGCCACCCCUUUUCCACAAAUGCCAAGUACAUCAACACAUUUUCCCAAUACAAGAACAAGGCGAAGCAGCGCCAGCGCGCCCCCGAUGGGGAGUUUAUGCUCCGACUCAUUCAGUUGUUUGGCGCCUGCAUGCUGCGGCGGUCCAAUGCCCUCUUGAAGAAGCUGUUGACAAGUGUCAAGUACGUGCCUGUCAAGUUUGAGCUCGACAAGGAAGAACUGAAGCAGUCAAACUCCUAUUACGAGGACUUCCAGACGAUCAACCGAAUGCUGAAACGCAGCCGCAAGGCAGGUGGCCGGACGGUGGUGGCCCGCCCGGGGAAAAAAAGCAAAACUAAAAAAGAGCAAAGCCGGCUUGCGCUCUCGAAGUUAGUCAAGGCCCAGCAGGCUGCAUGCCACAAAAGCCUUCCGAAGGUUUACCACAUCGAGCACAAGAUUUCUGAGCAGACAUCUGGCGACGCGGCUGGACCCCAAGCCGUUGUUAAGCUCGACGAGGACGACCGCGCCAAAUUGAAAGCAUGGCUUUCCGAGAUGCGAACCAAUGACAACUGGCGGUCUCCCCGCGUCUCCGCCAUCCUCAAGACGGUGGAGACUCACCAAGCGACAGACCCAACAGACGCUAUCAUCAUUUUUGACGAGAGCGUCCUCUUCCUCUCGAUUGUAGAGAUUGCCCUAAAAGCUACGCAACCUGGAACCAACCUCUUCACCUAUGAUGGUCGUCUGGACGUAACCGAACGUGCCGCCGCUCUUCAGAGCUUCAAGGAAGCAACUGACCCAAAGAUCUUGUUAAUGAGCAGGUCUUCCGGUGGCGUUGGAUUGAACGUCCAGUUUGCCAACGUCGUGGUUCAGUCGUGCCCAUGGUGGAAAGCAUCCUGGCUCGACCAAGCAGUCGGUCGCGUAAACCGCCCGGGACAAAAGAAGCCAGUUUUCGUUUACCAGGUCAUUGCCGACAAAUGUGACAUCGAAAAUCACAAGUUGGUGCAAAGCGAAAAGAAGUCGGCCAUUAGCUCGGCAAUCCUUGACGCCAUCACAAAGGAUGAGCCAGAUCCAGAUGCUGAAGACCAGGUGAUCGUUUAA